UUCAAAGCCCAACCACCCUCAUCUUUCACCUACUUGCCGACUACCUCAGUCCGCUUCCUCCCUCAGGAGGUCCUUCUGGGUUGCCUUCACCUGAAAUAAGAUGACACCUUAUGGUAAAGGCGCUUUUCCCAUCAGAAUCUCUAGGAAUUACUGAAGAAAGGAAACAACUAGAUACCUAGAUUCCAGUUAACUUUGUCACCGAUGGUUAUGUAACCGUGGGUGAAUCACAGGGUAAGUGGCACAGAACAGGGCUUGCCAAGAAUGGCAGAGGACCGGGCCCCUAUCAUUUUUACUCCCCAGGGUGGAAAACCCGAGGAUGGAAAUGGAAGGCAGUGGGCAAGGAAAAGGAGCAGCAUCUGUCAGCAUAAGUAUGUCCAUAGCAAGGAGAGUGGAGGCAGCCUGAGGCGGCCAGAGCUCCACCAGCAUCGAAGGCAGCAGAAUCUCCAGGGGACAGAGUGGGACCAGCAGAGCUUCGUGCCAGCAGCUUAACUUAGGGAAUUCCGAAACACUUUAAAGUUGUCUGUGGCACUCCACCAGACUCUCCCACUGAGAUGUGGCUGGCUUCCGUGGGACCGUUUAAGGACCACGGAGGAGGAGUCCAGGCUUCCUUAUCAGCGUGCUUCCUCUCACUCCGGCAGACCUGCUCCUGCUAAUCUGUUCCCACAGGCAGCAUCUCUGAGCUGCUUGCAUUUGAUAGCUUGUUUGGCUUACGGAUUUAUGCCUGCCGAAAGCUCGAUCUUGAGCCCGGUGAGAUUAUUUCGAUGUAUUGCUGUCAUUGAGUAUUGGCCUACCUGAAAGUGCUAAGGGAAGCUCCGCCAUCAGGAUGUCCAAGUACAGACUGAUUAUGUUAAGACAUGGAGAGGGUGCUUGGAAUAAAGAGAAUCGUUUUUGUAGCUGGGUGGAUCAGAAACUCAACAGUGAAGGAAUGGAGGAGGCUCGGAACUGUGGAAAGCAACUCAAAGCGCUAAACUUGGAGAUCGAUCUCGUAUUCACAUCCAUCCUUAAUCGGUCCAUCCACACGGCCUGGCUGAUCCUGGAAGAGCUGGGGCAGGAGUGGGUUCCAGUGGAAAGUUCCUGGCGUCUAAAUGAACGUCACUAUGGAGCUUUGAUUGGCCUCAACAGGGAGCAGAUGGCUUUGAAUCACGGUGAAGAACAAGUGAGGCUCUGGAGAAGAAGCUACAAUGUGACCCCACCACCCAUUGAGGAAUCGCACCCUUUCUACCAUGAAAUCUACAAUGACCGGAGGUAUAAAGUGUGCGACGUCCCUGUGGAUCAGCUGCCCCGAUCUGAAAGCUUAAAGGAUGUUCUGGAGAGACUCCUUCCCUUUUGGAACGAAAGGAUUGCUCCUGAAGUAUUAAGUGGCAAAACCGUUCUGAUAUCCGCUCAUGGAAAUAGCAGCAGAGCUCUCCUGAAGCAUCUGGAAGGUAUCUCCGAUGAAGACAUUAUCAAUAUUACUCUACCCACUGGAGUCCCCAUUCUCCUGGAACUGGAUGAGAACCUGCAUGCUGUUGGGCCCCACCAGUUCCUGGGUGACCAAGAAGCUAUCCAAGCUGCCAUUAAGAAAAUAGAUGAUCAAGGAAAAGUGAAAAAACGAGCUGAAAAAUGAAGGCUUUCCCAUUUGAUGGCUAGGAAUGGCUGCAAAAGAAGUGGCAUGCAGUGUUUUAUGGGUGCUGAUCUCUCUCUCUUUUUUUCCCCCUGUUUUUCCAGAACUGGGCUAUGGGGUAGAGUGUAUAUAGGCAACUACGUAACUUAUGUUGCUCAGAAAAAGGCUUUAGGAUGCCUGAGUAGGCAUGAGUACUCACUAGGCAUGAGUAGGAUGAACUCUCCUGAUAGUCCUAUUUGAGUUAGUGUUGUGGGGCUAAUUAGUAACCAGAAGGGCUUAAUCAAUGUCCUAAAUAUCCAAGAUAGGAGAGUAACAAGUAGAGGUGAAGUUUAAAGCUUUCAUCAUUCAAUACAUCAUUACUGAGUCACUAUUGAGAGACACUACUUAUUCUAGUAAGUAGUUCACGUUUAUAUUUACUAAGACUUUCUGGGAUGAUGGUAAGGUAUAUUAGAAAUAUACUCUACGUAAGUAUUUAUUAUCAGGCUUCUCCUCUGGGAAAAGGGAUGCUUUUCCAGUUAAAACCAGAGGCCCAUUAAAUGGGGGCUAUCAUAGAUGGGCUUCUUCAAGAAAGCCAACAACAAACUAGAAGGCCCUUUGCCUUGUCUCUAGGCCAGAGACAUCCUUUCUUUGACAUUCGGAAGGAUUGCCCUUUGGCUGCUAGAAUUAGCAGCAUGGACACAGCCCUAGCUGUUUGUGUUCUCCUUUUGUUUCGUUCUGUUAAACUUCAAUCUUUGGGUACUUAAAAUUGGUUUAAAAAUAAAGGUCUGUGACCAAAAAAUGAAUAUCCCCGAAGCAUCUCCAUAUAUGUGAUGAACAUUAAGCAAAGGCAUCUGAACUAGUCUUUGGCUCAGAACCUUCCUGGGACCCUCACAGAGUUGCAUGGACACUCACAAUUCUCUACAAAUUGAACAUCCGGAUCGGAGGGAAAGUAGAAUAUAGUGCACGUAAUUUUAUCACGUGAGCAGGGAAAAUAUGGUACAUUGGGGCUUGUCAUGUACAUGAAUUUUUCACCAGCUGAGAGCAAACAAUUAUGGUACAUAGUAUAGAGCAGCGUGGGUAGGCCAUGAGCAGACGGGAUUACUUCUCAAUCUCAAUGACCCUAUUUUCUAGAUCAUAUUUUUAAACAUCAUAGGUAUGCAAGUCCUCUUUCUUUAAACUCUUGCCUUAUUUCAAGGCAGGUGACCUGUAUUUCAGUGAUAAAGUCAUGUGGGAAAAAUUGUAGCUAUUUAUAAGUUUUUCAUGUUUUUUUUUCCCCUUGGCAGAUUAAUCUGUUUGUAUGGUAAAUGGCCAUAGAAGAAAACUAAUUUAGAACCCUUGCUACAGCUUGGCCUUCAUUUAGUCCUUACAGUAGGACUCUUCCCGCACUGGCAAUGAACAUGGCUGGGAAGAAAAGCUGGACUGUGGAUGCUUUACGUUUCUGACCGACUCGUGGUGUCUACUGUAGCCCAUCAUCUUAGUCCAGUUGCUUAACCAGUGAAUUCAGAGAUCAGGUCUUCCUAGAAUACCAUUCUUUAACAGUUUCAUCUCUGGAACUGACCUCUGAAUUUUCUAACCCAACCGGUGACCGUAUCUUAAUGCGGCUCGAGACCCUAGAGUUGGAGUCUUUCCUUGUCCUGCAGUGAGGUGUUCACUCCCAGGGUACCCCCUGGCUGGAUGAUAUACUUCUACACACAAAGCUACACUCAGAACCAGGCAGUUUGGAAUCUUGCCGAUUUCCUCUGAUAGGGUUUAUUUUUGCCCACACUUUUCUGCUGUAAUUUGGCUUAUUGUUUUUGAGAUCUUGGCUGAAAUAAAUGAGACAUUUCUGAAAA